AUGACUGCUGCCGCCAAGGAGACUUUCCUCUUCACUUCCGAAUCCGUCGGUGAGGGACACCCCGAUAAGAUCUGUGACCAGGUCUCUGAUGCCAUUCUUGAUGCCUGCCUCAAGGAGGACCCUCUCUCCAAGGUUGCCUGUGAGACCGCCGCAAAGACCGGUAUGAUCAUGGUCUUUGGUGAGAUCACCACCAAGGCUACCCUUGACUACCAGAAGAUUGUGCGAGACGCCAUCAAGCACAUUGGUUACGAUGACUCCGAGAAGGGUUUCGACUACAAGACCUGUAACGUGCUUGUUGCCAUUGAGCAGCAGUCUCCCGAUAUCGCCCAGGGUCUGCAUUACGAGAAGGCUCUUGAGGAGCUCGGAGCUGGUGACCAGGGUAUCAUGUUCGGCUAUGCCACUGACGAGACUGAGGAGCUCCUGCCCCUGACCGUCAUCCUGUCCCACAAGCUUAACGCUGCCCUUGCUGCUGCUCGACGAGAUGGUUCUCUCGGAUGGCUGCGACCCGACACCAAGACCCAGGUCACUGUCGAGUAUGCCAACGACAACGGUGCCACUGUCCCCCAGCGAGUCGACACUGUCGUCAUCUCCACCCAGCACUCUGAUGAUAUCUCCACCGAGGACCUCCGAUCUGAGAUCCUUGAGAAGAUCAUCAAGAAGGUCAUUCCCGCCAAGCUCCUUGACGACAAAACCGUCUACCACAUCCAGCCCUCUGGCCGAUUCAUCAUUGGUGGUCCCCAGGGUGAUGCCGGUCUCACUGGCCGAAAGAUUAUUGUCGAUACCUACGGAGGAUGGGGUGCCCACGGAGGAGGAGCCUUCUCCGGUAAGGAUUUCUCCAAGGUCGACCGAUCUGCUGCCUACGCUGCCCGAUGGGUUGCCAAGUCUCUUGUCAAGGCCGGUCUUGCCCGACGAGCUCUUGUUCAGUUCUCCUAUGCCAUUGGUGUUGCUGAGCCUCUGUCCAUCUUCGUCGACACCUACGGAACCUCCAAGCACUCUUCUGCUGAGCUCGUUGAGAUCAUCAAGAAGAACUUCGACCUCCGACCCGGUGUUAUCGUCAAGGAUCUCGACCUUGCUCGACCCAUCUACUUCAAGACUGCUUCUUACGGCCACUUCACCAACCAGGAGAACCCUUGGGAGCAGGUGCGGGAGCUCAAGUACUAA